CUAGAAAGAGAAAGUUUAGAUUUUUUGUUUGACACCUACCUGAACCUAACCUAUUGAAAAUAUUUGGUAUUGUAAAAUUCGAGAUGAAAAGCUGAAUCUAAUCCAGUCCAAACAUUGACAUUAUAAAUGAUUUCUUAUUGUUAGUUUGUAUAAAAACUCUGAAAUAUAUGAUUAGCUUCAUCUCUCCUCAAGCUGCAUGUGGAAAUGAAAAUGUCUCUCUCUUUAUGGUGGUUAUUCAAUUUUUAUUUACGACCCAUAGUAAAAUGGUUUCUUCGAAAAACUACUGGACUGUGUGAACUUCAACGAAUAUGUUAUGGAGAAGUGAGUGGAACUCCAAGAAUAAAAGGUGUGGAACACUCACUAACAAUGUCCAAGUCACAUCAAAUAAAGCAACUCGUACAGCAUCUGAAUGACAUAGCAGAUAAUAAACGUUUUAUUGGGGCAAAUCAAAGAGAAAUAGUAAGAGGAGCUGUUAGUACAGUUCUAUUAGUGAAAAAGAUAAGCCCCAAAGUCCAUUACCAGUUUGUUUCCAGCUUUGGUAAAUGUGUUGAACAAAUAUGGGGUUACAGACAACUUGUUUCUCAGGUUGAGGAGUUGAGAACAAUUGCUUAUGACGGUGAUAACAUUGAACAUGAAAAUAAGUUAUAUGAAUUAUGGGAAAAACUUAUGCCUAAUGAAAAACUGGAAGGACGAAUAACUAAACAGUGGCAAGACAUUGGGUUCCAAGGUGAAGAUCCGAAAACAGACUUUCGUGGUAUGGGUCUCUUAGGUCUUGAAAAUUUACUGUUUUUUGCAAGUGAGCAUCAGAACCCUGCUCAACAUGUUCUGUCCCAUUCUCAUCAUCCUGUAUAUGGUUAUUGCUUUGCCAUUGUUGGAAUAAAUUUAACUAGUCUGGCUUGGAUCCUACUGAAAGAUGGUAGUGCAAAAACUUAUGUUUAUAAUACUUCAGGGAGUGUACCAUCUAUUCGUCAUUUCCAUCAGUUCUAUAGCUUUUUAUUUUAUGAAUUUGAUAGGUUUUGGCUUCAUUGCAAACCUAAAGAUAUAAUGGAAUUUUCCACCAUCAAAAAUAGAUUUGAGAGUAAUUUAAGAAUUAGUCUGCAGGAUCCUAAUUCUAGUUAUAGAAUUGGGGUCACUGUAGAUAACGUUUGACUGAUAGAUGCUACUAGUUAUUUAGCAUCAUUUUCAGUU